UGCUGCAAGUCAUUCAAGAGAGAGACGUCGCGCAGGGCAGACCAGUUGAAGGUUGACUGAUUUUUCUUCGUCAUCUGAAGUAAGACAUCGUUAAGCAUGGCUGACAUGGUGAGGCUGAAGGUACCUGAGGGCUACGGCUACUGCAUCAUCGUGGCUGCUCUGUCCUACUUCCUGCUCAUGUGGCUCGGCAUGCAGGUCGGCAAGAUGCGCAAGAAGACCGGCAUCAAAUACCCGACGAUGUACAGCGAUAAGGACAACCUCUUCAACUGCUACCAGCGAGCGCACCAGAACACACUGGAGGUCUACCCUAGCUUCCUAUGUUUGCUGUUGCUGGGGGGCAUGUACCAGAGCUGUCUGUGCGCCGCCGCUGGGCUCCUCUGGAUCGCCAGCCGCGUGGUCUACGCCAAUGGAGGAUACUACACCGGAGAUCCAUCCAAGAGGAACUACGGAGCCUUCGGCUACAUUGGGCUGCUGAUCAUGCUGUACAGCAGCGUCAGGGCUGGCCUAACGUAUAUUUAAUAUGAUUUAUACGUCGUCAGUGGAAGUUUGUUGAAAUUCAGACGAGCCACCUUUUGGUGGCCGAAAGGUAAUCGCCAUUUUUACAGCAUUUGCCUCUAUAUCAAGAACUUAAUAAAUGAUUGGAUUGUUC